GCACCUACAAAAAAAUUACCAUAAAAAAAAAAAACUUAUACACCCUUGUCUAUAAUGCCUGUUCAAUGCCAUGAUCAAUUUCCCUUUGAAAUCAUCACAUCCUCGGGCAAAACCCUAAUUCCACGAAUAAUAAUUAACAACAUAUUUGUUUAUCGUCCCAUCAGAUCAAAUGAUGUCCACAUCGAUUCAAAAAGGCGACGUUCUAAUAAUAUAAUCCGACGAGCGAGUAGUUGUGAAAAUAAUGACAUGGAGCUCCACAAUGCAGCAAGUAACGGAAAUCUUAAAAGAACUCAUGAGGCGGUUUGUCGAAAGAGGGAAUUACUAUGGAAAAUGGACUCCUCAACAGGAAAUAUACCAUUACAUCUUGCCGUAAUUAAUGGGCAUAAAGAGGUUGCUUCUUACUUGGUUAUGGAAUACCCGCAAGGGUCUUACACCAUAAAUUACUCUAAAAUUUCUCCACUUUACUUGGCUGUUAGGCACUUUCCGCAGCAGUAUUACUUGGAAUUGAUCGAGAGUAUGCUUCAUAAGUUGGGUAGGGAUGAUGGUUUAGUUAGUUACUUGCAGCAAGGAAAAUCAAUUAUUCGUGAGGCCAUUCAAAACAACAAUCAAGAAAUACUUAAAACCAUAGUGAAGUAUGGACCAGAUCUAAUGAAGCAUUGUGAUGAAGAAGACUUAACUCCUCUAUCUUAUGCUGCAUCCAAUGGGUUGGUUAACAUGGUGGGCUUCAUCCUUGAAAGGUAUCUCAAAUCAAUAAAAUACCAAAACAAAGAUAAAUCGUACCCGAUUCACAAGGCAUGUCUAGGCGGCCAUAUUGACAUUUUAAAGAUGUUUUAUUCAAAAUGCCCAAAUUCAUUACUCUAUGAAGAUCAACGUGGAAGAACGGUCAUGCACUUAUCUGCUAAACAACGAUGUAACAAGUUGAAAAUUGUAGUUAAUUAUUUGUUGACCACUAAGGAGGGUAUGUUCCUACUUAACAAGAAGGAUGAAAAUGGAUGUACACCUUUGGAUUUGGCCAUAAGUAACGGAAAUAAUGAGGUCCAAAUUAUAAUCAAAACUGCCAUCAACAGUCUCGAUACAAGACCUUAUUGGAAAAAAGUGAUAUCUCUUUCUCCAACUGAGAAAGAACUAAAAUCAUUUCUAAUGUAAAUUAUUACUAUACGUAUUAGGUGAUCUUCAUCGCAUUCUAAUUAGUAGAGCUCUAGCUUUUUGGGAGUCUAAUUGAUCACAUUCCUCCUACCCUUUCUUAGAUAUUUUUUGUUUGUCAUUUAUUGUCUCAGACCAUGGUUUUAUAAGCGUAAUUUACUGAAUAUGAUG